GCCGCGGAGGAACUAUGCGAGGAUUAUUAUAGGACGUUUCCAACAGCAGAAUAUGGAUUUUGAUGAGCGCAUCUCUGGCUCUAAUAUGUAUUUACCGAGCUGCACUUACUACGUCUCCGGAGCCGACUUCUCGGGUCUCCCUCAUUAUUUAACCCAGAGCCAGUCCUCUUGCCCCAUGACAUACCCCUACCAGUCCUCAGCCCUGCCACAGGUCCCGUCCGUGAGAGAUGUGGCUUUCAGAGACUAUGGAAUUGACACAUCGAGUAAAUGGCACCACAGCAGGGGGAGCCUAUCGCACUGCUACACCGAGGACAUAGUGCACAGCCGGGACGGCUGGACGUCGAGCCCGACCUCACGGGGCGCAGAGAUCCUGGUGAAAGGCAGCUCCAGCGCCGGCCACUCCGGCUCCUCCAACCCGACGCCCGGCUUCUAUGGCAGCGUUGGGAGGAACGGCGUCCUGCCGCAGGCGUUUGACCAGUUCUUCGACACCGCCUACGGGGGUGCAGAGAGCAGCACAACACCGACAGCACAACCGACAGCGGACACGGACAGACACGCCGCCAAAACAAGCCCCGCUCCUCCGGCUCACCCGGGCUCGGACACGGCGGAGAGCUUCAGCCCCAAGUCUUCCUCCGGCCACAGCGAGGAGAAACAGAGCAAAAGCAGUGGCCAGAGGACGCGCAAGAAGAGAUGUCCAUACUCAAAGUAUCAGAUCAGGGAACUGGAAAGGGAGUUCUUUUUCAGCGUUUACAUCAACAAAGAGAAACGUCUGCAGCUCUCACGGAUGCUCAAUCUG